GUAACAGAAGCCUAACGGAAAAAAAGACAUAUAGUGUGAUUAGCGAGGGGACCCAUUAUUAUUUAGAAUGUUUCGAUCAAGACAGCUCCUAACAUCACAGCUAUCUAUUCACAUGUGCGUAGGGGUUGUUGCGGCCCCAUCGAGGGGUUUUAUUCAAGGAAUGGCUGUUUGGUCCUGUCGUUUGCUGCUGUCUCAGGCAGGAUAUUCUGCGCUGGCUUCUCAAACAGGGAAAACUAUUUGCCAAGAAUCAUACAAUUUGUCGUGCCAAGGAGCUAUUGUCGCCAACUACUGCUGUAGCAACUUGCAUGAGGGUUGUAUUGUGCAUGUUGUAUCAAAGCUUAUAAACUCUCCUAUUUAUGUAUCCGUUCACGGGACAUACUUCGAAAAGACGGAACUCUUAGUGACAGACAGCUUUGGUUUCAUUACAAAGCUCAAGUCUUUGUAAUGCUUUACAUAGCAAGUAUCAUAUAA